AUGGGUACCAGAAAGGUUUUGACUCCACUACUGCUAACUACGUCGAGCAGAUGCCUGCCAUUCAAGAUCAGAUCUACCUGCUGGGAAUCGUGCCUUACAAAGGUGGGAGUUGCUGAAGAUUCUCCCCUUUGGGUUGAGAAUGACCUACCAAGUCGUCAAGUUACAGCUCCUCCUGACGAUGUUGAUCAACAAAUCGACGACUUUGCAGAUGUUGAUGAAGAAAUACAGGUAGAAUCACAAGAUGAUGUUGAUCAUUCGUCUGUUCCGGAUGUGACCACUGAGAUUGUUAUCCCAGAAGUACAAACUGCUGCCGCUGCUGCCAUUGCUGAGGCUGAUAUUGCAUGGAUUAAUGACUUCCCAUAUCACUGGUCCAUAUCGUUGUUCAUCGAACUGUCCAGCGCCCCUACCAUAGAAGACACUACGACUAAACAAAUGAGGGCUAAGGAGGACACUGAGUGGAAUUCUGCUGACAAUGAAAGUUUUGAGGCAAACUCUAAAGCUUUAGGAGCCAUCUAUGGAGCAUUGAGUAAAACUGAAUUUAGUCGUAUUUCCGCGUGCACUACUGCAAAAGAGGCUUGGGAUAUUCUCCGAGUCACCCACGAGGGUACUAAGACUGUUAAAACUUCAAAACUCCAAAUGCUUACAACACGUUUCGAAGAUUUAAGAAUGCAGGAAGAUGAGACAUUUGAUAGUUUUGUCACUAAGUUGAGUGACAUCGUUAAUUCCUUCCACGCAUUAGGAGAACCAAUCCCUAAUCUUAAAGUUUGUCGAAAAGUGCUUAGGUCACUUCCUGAGAGGUUUAGGGCUAAAGUAGUUGCGAUCGAAGAAAGUGAUAAAGUUGAUGACAUUCUUUUUGAGGAACUUGUAGGUAAACUUCAAACGUUUGAAUUGAAUCAUCUCUCAAAGAAACCUACAUUAAAGCCUAAUAAAAGCAUUGCUUUUAAAUCUUCUAAAGAAGAAUCUUUUGUGGCACAUGAGAAGUGUGCAAACACUCUUAAAAAGAAAGUGGCCAAGGGUUAUAAGGCUACGUGGGAUGACGAUAGUGAUGACAGUAGUGAUGGGGGUUCUGAAGCUCCUAGAUAUUCUGUGCUUGUUGCCAACAUUAAGUCCCCCACGUCCCCCAAAUCGGUUGAACUUUCUACAACUCUUAGCGAUGAUAGUAAGUAUGUCCCGACUGACGAAGACUGUGAGAAUAGUGAUGAUGAUAUAGAUUCUAUUCAUGAGGCCUAUAAUCAAUUGUUUAAAGAGGGUGUAAAAUUGAAAAAGAAAAAGAAGGAACUCAUGAGUGUCAUCGAGAAAAUUAGUGGUGAGAGGAACAAACUUAGUGAUGACAUUGAAUCUAAGAACAUCAAGCUUAAAGAAUUAAAAACCUAUACCGCUAAUUUGAAAGACAAGUUUGCCAAAAUUGAGAGAGAGCAUGUGGAUGCCUUGAAGGCUCUCGAAGUGUCUAAGGAUAGGAUUUUUGAAUUGGAGCGUGACCUUAGGGAGGCCACUGAGGCCAUAAAGCGUAAUGAGUGUGGCGUAACUCGUAUUGCCGAAAUGACACGUACGUUUAGAAAUAGAAGCGGCUUAGGGUUUAUUGAUCCACCUUCAUUGACACCUAUGGCUAACAAGGUCACCAAGAACGAAAUCAAGUUUGUGAAAUUUGAUAUUGCAAAGAAUGAGGUAGUGAGCAAUAAACCUGAAUCUUCUAUUAAAUCUCCCACCAUCAUUAAGAAUGCUUACAACAGUAAUCAUGUUCUUGAAAAGAAAAUCUUGUUUAUUUGUCACUACUGUGGUGGUCAAGGUCACAUUCAACCUUUUUGUAAUACACUUAGAAGGGACAAUCAGAGAACAAAGGGGAAACUGCUUGUAGCCCCAAUUAAUAAAAGUGUUUGGUAUGGUCAACCCAAUGUGGGAAGACCUCAAGUUGUGCGUCAGUCUCCCACAAACAUUAAGAAUGAGAAUUUUCAAAAGACAUUGAGUCAGUUGGCGAAUCAAACUUCUCACCUCGUCGAGGAAAUCAAAAAGUUGUCAAAUUUGGCUAAUAACAAUGGAGAGACUAAUAGGAUUGUUGAAAGACGUAUCACACACGGUCACACAUCGCAUGUGAACACCAAACCAAAGCAAACAUGGAAGAGAGUCGAUGUCGUUUGUCAUGUAGCACACACUGCUUUUCGGGCACAUGAUGCUUGCGCUUGGUACUUAGACAGUGGAUGUUCUAGACACGUGACCGGAAAUAAAUCUUUCUUUGCUAAGCUAGAGAAGUAUAAUGGUGGUUUUGUCACAUUUGGCGAUGGUAAUACGGGUAAAAUUGUAGGACAAGGCACCGUAAACGCACCCGGAAUCCCUCUGAUAGAUAAUGUGUUAUAUGUUGAGGGUUUAAAAGCUAACCUGUUAAGCAUAGGGCAAUUUUGUGAUAAUAUGCAUGAAGUAAAUUUCUCUAAAGAUAAUUGCUCUAUUAUAGAUGCUAAGGGUGUGUGUGUGGUUAAAGGUAUUCGAUCUUCGGAUAAUUGUUAUUGUGUUGAAACUGCAAGGUCUAAUGUGUGUCAUCGAGUCUUGCUUGAUGAUGUAGAAAUUUGGCACCAAUGUUUAGGACACGUAAAUUUUCCAGAAUUGCAUCGAAUAACCAAGACGAGAUUGUGA